GCGUAUGCAAUACAAGUGCGCGAGUUGUCAAAGUUGGCUCGCUUUUAUCAAAAUCCUUUCGCAGUAUCGCACGUAAUAUGUUAUCGCGACGCGUUGCUAAAUUGAUUCGCUGCCAUAAUCGCAAGAUGCACAGAAAACCAUCGAAAUGAAACUCGUUUACAAGAAUGUCGAUCGCGAGGGCGGCGGGGACAUUGGGCUUAUCCCUGAAGAGCCAGAGGACAUGUGGCAUGCAUAUAAUCUCAUCUCAGAAGGUGAUUCGGUGCGAGCGUCCACCGUCCGCAAAGUGCAGACAGAAUCAACGACAGGCUCCUCAUCUUCAAGUCGCGUGCGCACGAUGUUGACGAUUUCAGUGGAGAAUAUCGACUUUGACACACAGGCGUGUAUGCUGCGCCUCAAAGGGCGCAACAUCGAAGAGAAUCAGUACGUGAAAAUGGGUGCAUAUCACACGUUGGAUCUGGAACUAAAUCGGAAAUUCUCCCUUCGUAAACCCGAGUGGGAUUCGGUGGCGCUGGAGCGUGUUGAUAUGGCUUGUGAUCCCACACAGAGCGCCGAUGUGGCAGCUAUUAUCAUGCAGGAUGGUUUAGCACACGUUUGUUUGAUCACCUCGAGUAUGACGCUCGUUCGCGCCAAGAUUGAUGUGUCUAUUCCACGAAAACGCAAAGGUUUUGUUCAACAACACGAAAAGUAAGGUUUAGCAAAGUUUUACGACACUGUUAUUCAAGCCAUCCUGCGCCACAUCAACUUCGACGUUGUGAAAUGUGUGCUAGUCGCGUCACCUGGCUUCGUUCGUGAUCAAUUCUUCGACUACAUGAUUCAAAUGGCCAUCAAGACCGAUAACAAAGUGCUGCUUGAAAACAGAAGUAAAUUUAUGCUUGUACAUUCAAGUUCAGGCUUCAAACAUUCACUCCAAGAAAUACUGCAAGACACCGGAGUCAUAUCAAAAAUUGCCGAUACUAAAGCAGCGGGCGAAGUGAAGGUGCUGGACGCUUUCUACACAACACUGCAAUGCGAGCCAGCGAAAGCCUUCUACGGCAAGCGUCAUGUCGAAAAAGCGAGCGCAGCGCAAGCGAUCGAAACACUUCUCAUCACCGACAGCCUCUUCCGAUGCAGUAAUGUCCCGCUGCGCAAAGAAUACGUCCAACUGGUUGAUUCAGUCCGCGAGGCUGGCGGCGAUGUGAAAAUCUUCUCCAGCAUGCAUCUAUCCGGCGAGCAGCUGGAGCAACUCACCGGUGUCGCCGCUAUUCUACGCUUUCCCAUGCCCGAACUGGAUGAGGACAGCGACGAGAGCGACACCGAGGAAUAAACUAAUACGGUAACAGAAAUACAGCCGCGUCUAGAAUUAAUUCCUGAUCGAUUUUGAUGGAUUGUUGAUAUUUUUUAGGGUGCAAUGUGUCAAGCAUUCUUUGACAAUAUUUUAAUAUUUGUAUAUUUAAUGAAUAGUUUUGUAUUUUAUUUAAAAAUACAGAUUUAUCAUCCGA